AUGUCAGUAGAGGCCCUGUAUGGGAGAGGAAAGAGCCUAGGCUUUACCGUCAGUAAGGAGUGGGUUUCAAUUCAGAAUUCUCUACCUUUUGAUAAACCACAGUCUGCAAUCCCUGUUUCCCUCCCCCUGUGUUCAAAGGAUAAUGAUUUCCUUACAGCUGGAUGGUCUUGGGACUCAAAGUCAUGCAGCUGUUUCUCAGGUCUGGUUUGUGUUCCCAGGGACAUCACUCGUGGGUUUGUGAAUUUGAAUUCAACCAUCCCAGCCUGGGAGAAGCAAAUCACAACACUGAAUGCAAGUGUUGCAAUCCCUACUCCAGCACGUGACAAGACUCGUCUGAUUCUGGAAUUGUUGAUCUUUGUCCUGGCACUGGUUGGACUGGCAGGAAAUUCAACAGUGCUUUGGAUCCUGGGUUGCCGCAUGCGCAGAAACGUCUUCUCAGUGUACAUCCUCAACCUGGCCUGUGCCGACUUCCUCUUCCUCUGCUGUCAAGUGUUUUGGUCCUCACACUUUGUGAUUAAAUUUUUCCAUCCUUUUUCCAUCCCUUCACAAUUAAACCACUUCUUACUCGCUAUGACAUUCUUUCCCUACGUCGUAGACUUGAGCAUUCUCAGUGUCAUUAGCACAGAACGCUGCCUGUCUGUCCUGUGGCCCAUCUGGUACCGCUGCUACCGUCCGAGACGCCUGUCUGAUGUUGUCUGCAUCCUGAUCUGGGUUCUGUCCCUUCUGCUGAGCAUCCUGGAAAAAAAUGACUGCCGUGUCCUGUUUACAUGUGGAGACAGUAAAUAGUGUCAGCUACUUGACUUCUUCAUUGCAACAUGGCUUAUAUUUUUGUUUUUGAUUCUCUCUGGGACCAGCUUGGCCCUGCUGCUCAGGAUCCUGUGUAGCUCACGGCGGAUGCCGAUGACCCGGCUGUAUGUGACCCUCCUGCUCACAGUGCUGGUCUUCCUCCUUUGCGGCCUGCCUUAUGGCAUCAUUUGGUUCAUCUUAAUUUGUAUUAAGAAUUUUCCACUUUAUUCCUCAGAUUAUCUUCACCUCAUUACAGUUGUCUUGUCCUGUGUUAACAGCUGCGCCAACCCCAUCAUUUACUUCUUCGUGGGCUCCUUUAGGCAGUGGAGGCAGGGACAUACCCUCAAGCAGGUUCUUCAGCAGGCUCUGCAGGACACUCCUGAGGUGAGUGACAGUGGAGGCAGCCUGCCUCAGGGAACUCUGGAGAUGUUGGGGAGCAGCCAGGUAUAG